AUGAAGAGCUCGCCUGGAGUACGCGUACCGCCGAGACUGACCAAACAAGAGCUCCACAACCGACCGCCCUGGAUCACGACUCAUCUAACUUUUGUAAUUAAGCAACUCUUCCACUCUACCACCGCUCUGACCGUCACAAUACUUAAUGGUCUGGCAGCUCAUGCGCAGGCACCGGCCUCGUUCCGUCGGUCCCGAGCUCGGAGUAGUGGUAAAGUUGCCGGUCCGGAGGUUGUUGCAAAUGUUGUUGCUGAUGAUACGCCUGCGUGCGAAAAACCAGCCAAGACCGAGGAGGAGGGCAGCGCCGGCGAUGGCACCAACGGCGAGCCGGCUUUCGAGCCAGUGGACAGGCCGCCAGAUGAGGAGACGGCAGGAAUUUGGGAGGUCGUGGGCGUAGCUGUGCAGGUGGCUGUUACCGAGGUGGAUGUUUGCGUCAAGGAAGGUUCAGUGCUUGAGGUAGAGGCAGCGGACGUCAUGCUCGAGGUGCUGCUGCUGGAGCUGCCGGACGUCGUAGCAGCGGACUCGCAAGCCCAAGCAGCUGCCGCCGAUACAGCAUUCGUUCUCGUCCGAAUCUACUCAGGAUGCGCAUUGCGCCUGAGCCGACAGCAACAGGUCAAAGAGGCGUUUAAGAGAUGCUGGCGCUCUUACCGAGAACGAGCGUGGUUGCGCGACGAGCUAGCACCCGUAUCGGGCGGGGGCAGUGAUACUUUUGGUGGCUGGGCUGCUUCUCUGGUAGAUGCGCUUGAUACACUCUGGAUUAUGGAUUUGAAAGACGACAUCAUGGAGGCGGUGGCGGCAGCGGUCGAUAUCGAUUUUUCGACUUCAACCGAUCCCACAAUCAAUAUCUUUGAGACCACGAUCCGCUAUCUUGGUAGAUUCUUGGCUGCUUACGAUCUGAGCGGCGACAGGAGACUGUUGACCAAGGCUGUUGAAGUCGGUGAGAUGCUGCUCGUUGCUUUCGAUACGCCCAACCACAUGCCCAUCACGAGAUGGGACUGGAAGAAGGCCGCUGCUGGUGCUGAGAAGCAAGUCGCACCCGACUUCAUGCUUGUUUCCGAGCUUGGUUCAUUGUCUUUGGAGUUUACACGCCUCAGUCAACUGACUGAUGACUCGAGAUGGUACGAUGCCGUUGAUAGAAUUACAAGACUCUUCGAUCAGCAACAAGCACAGACAAAGCUCCCUGGACUCUGGCCAGUUGUUGUCAAUCCCAAGGACCAAGAUAUGACAUCGGAUCGCAGCUUCACCUUGGGUGGGAUGUCCGAUUCACUGUAUGAAUACUUUGCUAAAGAAUAUGCUCCCCUCGGCGGCCUUGCACCCCUUUAUGAAAACCUCUAUGAGCAGUCGAUGGCGGCUUCAAUUCAGCACUUGUUGUUCCGGCCAAUGACACCCUCGAAUGCAGACGUCCUCUUUGGUGGAGACGCUCGAGCAGAUGACCAUGGUGUCGUUCAAGAACCAAGGGCUCAACAUCUGACAUGUUUUGCUGGUGGCAUGUUUGCCUUGGGCGGUCGUCUGUUUUCCAAUGACGAGCACGUCGCCAUCGGCCAAAGGCUUACGGAUGGUUGUAUCUGGGCGUACGAAAACAUGCCUGUGGGCGUCAUGCCUGAAAUUGCUCACUUCGCGCCCUGUCCGGCGAAGGAUCGGUGUGUCUGGGAUACAGCAACAUAUGAUGCUGCCAUUCUUGAGCGUGCCGGAUCCGCUUCGGCAAACAGCAACAUCGACGAAAUUGUCCUCCUCCAGAAGCGCCUUCCUCCGGGCUUCACCGACAUUGAUGAUCGUCGCUAUAUCCUCCGACCUGAAGCCAUUGAAAGUGUCUUUAUCAUGUACCGAGUCACGGGCAACAAAACCUAUCCAGAGAAGGCCUGGCAAAUGUUCCAGUCGAUUCAGAAUAUCACCAGGACCGAGUUCGCCAACGCUGCCCUCUCUGAGAUUACUGCUACCGGCAUUGACGGCUGGCCUCCUAAGGAUGACCGGAUGGAGAGCUUCUGGCUGGCAGAAACGCUGAAGUAUUUCUAUCUGAUUUUCAGCGAACCAAGCCUGAUCAGUCUCGACGAAUAUGUGCUCAACACGGAGGCGCAUCCUCUAAGACGGCCAACCUGA